AUGCACUCACCAGCCUCGAGGGUGCUCAUAGCGGUGGAACGGCCGGUAGGUGUCCUGAAACAAGGAUGCUCCUCCACGCCUGGCGCGCACAUCACCAAUUGCUACUCCCUGUCCUUAACUUCAAAUGCCACUCAACAGCUUGACUCCGGAUUUCCGGACUCCCCGCGUCAACGUAUCGAAUUCCUAACCAAGGGCUCUGCUGAUGGCACGUCGCACACAUACAAAUGGCGAUACUACCUGUCGUCGCAGACAGGGACGACUACCCGCUUCUUCCACCUCAUGCAGGUGUUCUCGCGCGGGGAUAAUGCCGCCAUCGUGACCCUAGACGCGGUGAAGGGCCAAUUCGCGGUGGAGGAUAACUUUCGCAAUUGUUCCGUCACGCGCUGUCCGUCCGUGGCAAUAAGCCAGUUCACGGAUCGUACGACUCUGCAUGCGAUGACGGUGACUUUUGGUCCGACUGGCAAACUCAGAUAUAUCGUCACGGAUGCAGACACUGGGGCCAAUAUUCUCAGCUAUACCGCCUCGGGGAAGAUGGGCUCGCAGUCGACAUCGCUGAAGUUCGGGCUCUACCGAGCGACAGUGUCAGGGAUGACAGCAGCAAGUGCCAACUUGGGAGACUUCACCUCGAGCUGA